AUGGCCGCCGUCGGUCUCUCUCGAGCGAAUUUCGUUGAGUUGUUCGUCAGACAGCAGUGGUGUAGAGUAUUUUUCGCGUUAUCAGAAGACUCCCUGACUCUCAGUUUAGACGAAUCUCCAGAUAGCAGUGGAGUUGUGAUAAAUGGGACGAGCGAUGUGCAUCAUUCCCGUUACGAAUCCCGCAACAGCGAGACUGACAGCGGCGAUACCGGGAGGUCCAACAACAGCAACAAGGGGGGUCAUCUUGACAGCAUCGCUGGGCAGAAACGAGCCGUUCGUGUUGUCAAGGAGGAACAAAAUGGACUGGGCAUUAGCAUCAAAGGAGGAAAAGAGAACAAAAUGCCUAUUCUCAUCAGUAAGAUUUUCAAAGGCAUGGCAGCGGACAAGACGGAAAAGCUUUACGUGGGAGACGCGAUCUUGUCUGUGAACGGUGAAGAUUUGCGGGAGGCUUCCCACGAUGAAGCCGUCAAAGCGUUAAAGAAAGCCGGCAAAGUGGUGGAUCUCGAGGUGAAGUACCUUCGAGAAGUGACACCGUAUUUUAACCGUAAGUCGGUGCUGCUGACAGAUGUCGGGUGGGGAGGAUCACAGGAUCACGGCCGAGAAAGUACAUCCCUGAACAACUGGACAGAGAGCAAGACAAUACCUCUGAGGCUGUGCUAUUUGUGUAAGAACACUACCAUGACAGAUGCAGACAGAAUCCUGGAGUUCCACUCUCCUGAUGGCAAAAGUUGCGUCAUGUUGAGAUUUCCAGACAUAAACUCAGCCAAUGAGGCAUUCAGAGCAGUUCACACAAACAUUAACAUGCUGCUCAUGCAGGCCAUAGCAGAUGCUAAUCAGAUUUUCAGGACUGCACCGAGUCAACGAGAAAUCAAACACAUGGGCUGGGUAUCAGAACAGAGGCACAAUGAGCAUGGGAACAGUGUAUGGAAGCCUGUGUUUAUAGCUAUCACUGAUAAGGACAUUCUGUUUUACGACGCUGCUCCAAUGAGCCGUGAGGAGUGGGCCACACCCAGCCAGAGCCACCCUCUAUUGGCAACAAGGUUGGUACAUUCAGGUAAAAGUCAGUCCACCACGUCUGGGGAGGCUGUCCUGAUGUUUUGUACAAGGACUGGGACACGGCAGGGCAUAGAAACUCACGUCUUCCGAGUAGACAUACAGCGAGACCUGGCUAAUUGGUCACGGGCUGUCGUUCAGGGAGCCAAUGACGCAGCUUUAAUAGUGAAAGAAGUCACCUGUCCGGUUACAUGGCAAGGCCAGGAGGCUCGUCUAGUUCUACAUUAUGACACCGGCUUCACUUUAACAAUAUCAGAUAAAAAGUCAGAAGACAAGAGGAAAGCACCAAUACUCUGGCACUUCCCAUACGAGAAGCUUCGUAUGUCUGCAGAUGAUGGGCAUCGUCUGUUGUGGUUAGACUUUGGGGAAGAUGGAGAACAGGAACUGGACCUGCACACCUGUCCAAAGCCCAUGGUGUUUGUAUUGCACACCUUCCUCUCCGCUAAAGUUAACCGUCUGGGGCUCCUGGCCUGAUGGACGAGCACACCGGGGCACACCUCUCUCCAUAUAACCACAGUAUCAGUACCAACAAGUAUUUACGACAGCAGAUCUCUCCAAUGCAGUUCUGCAAUUCCGCUGCUACUGAAACUACUGGCAGUUUUGGGAAACGCAAGAAGAGAUCAAAACUGUGAUUCCUCUCCCUCAGACAGCUGUGGUGCAUGUCCAGAAACUGUUAUGUUUUCAGGUGUAUUAUGUAUGAUUUUGUUUCGGGUUGAAAACUGAUUGUUGCUGAAUGUUGAUAGGAAUCAGACCAUCCAGAGCUACAGCUUCACACAAACAGGCUCUUACGUCCUGUCUUAAAGAAGCUGAAUCUCACUGCGUACCUCUCCAAAUGACAGCUGAAUUUAAGACAAAGAUUUGAAUUCUUCUGUGGAUUUGUGCAUUGGUUGGAAGAGGCAGAAAUUUAAACAGUGAUGCACGCUUCCAGACAACGUCUGUGGACCAUAACCUCUGAUCUCACUGCUAUACAGGAUCAGGUGUUGAGAUGUCAGCUGUAAACAUGAGACUGCAAGAUGAUAAAAACUGAUAUGCAGCUGCUGAUUUGUCUCCAGGCUUCACCAGGUGCAUUUUGAUCUCUACAAGAAUCUGUUUGUCCCACCUAGCUGUUUAAUCCUAUACAUACAACAUAUACCACACAAUUACAUUUAUCUGCAUUGUGCUAACCCUUGCAAUAAAAAACCUCAUAUACCCAGAUUAUCAGUGGGAUAUAUAU